AUGGGUACCGAGAUAUACUCUUACUCUUUAGAGAGUCAAACGUGGGAUUGCGUCGGCAGUGAUGAAAAAUUCUCUCAUUUUGAUUUCGAGUGGGAGACAUCUGUUGUUGUGGAUGACGUUCUUUAUUUUUACGAUAAUGGAUCUAUACUAUCUAAAGCUAUUCUUGCAUAUGAUCUGGUUCAUAAGAUAUGCCUGCUUCAUCUGGGCAAUGGCAUCUUGUGCUUGCUCAUUGGCAACCCACCGGUGGAUGAAAACACCAUUGUCGAUUGCAUCAAGUUCAGAGUCCAAAAGACAGUUGCUGGGGUGGUAUUCAUGACUGCACUUUCUGAGUACGCUCUUCCCCUUAACGAUGCUGCAUUUGUUCGCGAUUUCUUCACUGUGGAGGUAAAAAGUUCUCACUCUUCACAAUAG